CUUCCGGGUAGCGGCGGCGACUUCCGCCUCCAGCUGGGCCUUGCAGAGUCUGCGCCGGUUCCGGGGCCCGGCUUCCGGGACCUCGCCGCGCCUCGGCCGCGUCUCCUCCGUACCGAACUCCUCCCUCCCCCGGUACCCGCUGCCCGUCGUCCCACCCCGCCCCGGCGCCGCUCGGGGUUCGGGGGCCGGGCCGGGCCUGGCGGGGCGGCGGCGGGCGGGCGGGCGGCCCGCAGGAUGUGGUACAUCAUGCAGAGCGUGCAGAGCAAAUACUCGCUGUCCGAGCGCCUCAUCCGCACCAUCGCCGCCAUCCGCUCCUUUCCGAGGGACAACGUGGAGGAUCUGAUCGGACGGGGUGCGGAUGUGAACUGCAUGCAUGGCACUCUGAAGCCGCUGCACUGCGCCUGCAUGGUGGCUGACGCCGACUGCGUGGAGCUGCUGCUGCAGAAGGGAGCAGAGGUCAAUGCUUUGGACGGCUACAACCGCACGGCCCUGCACUACGCAGCCGAGAAGGACGAGACCUGCGUGGAGAUCCUGCUGGAGUACGGAGCCGACCCCAACGCCCUGGAUGGCAACAAGGACACGCCGCUGCACUGGGCAGCCUUCAAGAACACGGCUGAGUGCGUGCGCUCACUGCUGGAGAACGGCGCCCUGGUGAACGCCCGCGACUACAACGACGACACGCCGCUCAGCUGGGCCGCCAUGAAGGGCAACCUGGAGAGCGUCAGCAUCCUGCUCGACUUCGGGGCCGAGGUGCGGGUGGUCAAUUUAAAAGGGCAGACCCCCAUCUCGCGACUGGUAGCGUUGCUGGUGCGGGGACUGGGCACGGAGCGCGAGGAUUCCUGCUUCGACCUCCUGCACCGCGCCAUCGGACACUUUGAGCUGCGUAAGAACGGCAGCAUGCCCUGGGAGGUGAGCAGGGACCAGCAGCUCUGCGAGAAGCUCACACUGCUCUGCUCAGCGCCCGGCACCCUGCAGACCCUGUCGCGUUACGCCGUGCGCCGCAGCCUGGGUGUGCGCUUCCUGCCCGAGGCCGUGGAGCAGCUGCCUCUGCCCACCUGCCUGAAGGAGUACGUGCUGCUCCUCAGCUAGGCACGGGGCAGCCAUGGGUGUGAAUUCACUGCUUGCUGUGUGACUGGCGGGCGCUGGAUGGACAGCGGGACCCACCGACAGGCGCCGUGUCCUCUCCUUGCCUGCAGCGCUUGCCCCUCGCGAGCUCCUUCUCUGUUUUUUCAGCCUUGUCAAAUGAACUGUCCUCCCUUUAACAAAUGGUGAAUUCCAUCCCACCUGCUGCAUUAAGCUGUUCUUUCCGUUGGGGUAGGCCUUGGGGAAAGCAAGGCUUUCUGGGUGAGAACGGAGAAAUCUCCCCUUUCUGAAAGACUCGAAGCACUGCAGGAUGCGGAGAGGCCCGGUGGGUGAGCACAUGCAAUGUGAGUCUGUUCCUUGGAGCGAGCACCCACACCCUCCUUGCUGCACACAGCGCCGGGGCAGACGUGGGACCCCCCUGCUGGCACCCAGGAGAGCUUUGUUCACUCCCAUAUCUGUGAUUUUUUUUGGAUGUAUUCAGGGAGAAUCAGCGCCUUAGGGAAAGAGAGAAGGUGGGGAGCCCUAGGGAUUGCUGUGCUUGCAGGAGAAAACCCUUCAUGGCACCGAUGGUGUGAGGGCUGAGGAGUGAGGAAGUGCCCUGACAGAUGCCUGAGCAGUGAACAGGGCCCUGUGCUCACUGCCCCCUCAUCAGAAACUUGGCCACAACUCCUGCAAAAAGAGGAAACUAUUCCCUGCUGUCCCGAGCGGCUUUGUUACGAGCACAGGAUGGUCCUGAGUGAGAGCUUCACAUCUGAUCUGCCGUCCAAGAACCCAUCCAAGUUCUGGGUUUGGUUUUGCACUGCCAGCUCACUGCUCCAGGGCUGCUUUUAUUGAUAUGUGUGUGUAAUGUGUGUGUUUGGAGGCAGGGGCAGCAGCUCCUUGCGUGGCAGAAAGACGCAGGGCUGCAGCUGAGGACGCAGAGCUGCUGCCUGCUCUGUGUUUCAUCUGUCCCCAGCUUCUGUCCACAGAAAUAAAUGGCUCCUUGCAAGCCACG